GGGGAGCCAUACUAACACAAAUUCUCAAUGCCUUUUUGCUGGAUCUGAACACACAUGAUUCCGUUGACGUUUUCGAUUAUAUCAUGGACACAUAUCACAUCCAGUUUGCAACCAUUUCUCAAUUCCAGCGUUCCUGAUCUUCCCCCUUGGAUCGAAUAAUGAUAUCAUAAAAUGCAACACAAGUCUGCUCGCGACCGUAGUUUCAUAGCGAACCUAGGCAUCGUAAAUACAAGUCCUGACUAUACACUGUCUGAUGCCAUAUUUGAUGCGCAGUACCACGGAACACCCGACUGUGGUUUCUUCAGUCGUUGUCGGACGUCUUCCGCGUGUGCAGAACAACCACACAACCAGUGUUUUGUCGAAUGUGGUGAAUCUGAAGGUGUCACACCAUGCUCAGAUCGACGUCGGUUGAAUGUUGCUGGGGGUUCACUUUCAACUGAGUUCCAUGCGGAUGAUGAACAGGCGCAAUUUCAUACGAACCGUUCCAUUUCUGAACGCACUCUUUUGAGGAACGAUUCAGUAACCGCCCGGGCAAUCUCACGACUUAGCCGCCGGGUUUCUCAGUUGAGUGCGAGCACUAGUCCCACUUUACCGCGGGCUUUUCGAACAAGUCGCAGCACCCACUCUGAUAAGAAGAAUGAAGUGCAUAUCCCAGAUUCGUUCGGUGGGCAUCUAGAUACUCAUUCUCACGGCGAUUUAGUGAAGAAGCCUCCGACGGGAUCGAAACGAAAGUGGCAAGCAGAAAAAACUGGAUCUCAUUCAAAAAUGGAUAUCGACAGCGUCGGUGUUUGCGCAGAAACUAGUAGAAGUAACCAACAUCCAUGGAUGGAAUCUAUAGACUGUAGUUCUCGGGCCUCAUUUUUUCUCCAGAAUGAGACCGAUAGGUGCUUCAGUAUGGAUCACCUAGAUUGUGUUAGUCAGGUUUCCUCUGGCUCUUCCAUGCUUUCUGUGACUGGAUCCUCAAACGAAGGGGAAUCUGGAGGAUCUUCACAGGAACACGAGGCGGACGAGGAAGAUGCAGGUGACGGUGAACCCCUUGGAAGCCGAAGAUCCAGUACUCGUUCAUGUACAGACCUUUUCGGGACCCCAAAACCACUGCACCGGAAAAGUGCACGAGAUGGUAACUUUUUGACAGAACUACGCAUGACUUCGAGGGCUUCCGUGUGUGGCGGUGAUUCUUCGGAUGGCUUAUCAGUGAACCUGAAAAUACCUCGUCUUUCUAGUGGUGUGUCCCCAUUCAGUGCGUCAUCGGUGGCUUCUCGAAAGCACGGACGCCGGUUCGGGGCCUUUCCACUUCGGUCAACAGCUCAGCACUUCUCCGGGUCACCUUCCAAUUCAUAUCAUCAUAGUUUGCAUUCAAAGGGCCAUGUUUCACGUGCCCAUGAUUCUACCCGGAGGAAACCAAAACGAGGACCUUGUGUGCAUAAAAGGUCACAGCCAGGUUCACAAUCCAGACACAGUACCAUGUGCAAUUGCCAGUCCUCAACUUCACCUUCUUCCUCAUCAUCUCAUGAAAGAUCCGUGGAUGGGUCAUCUGCGCAUAAUUCUCCGGAAAGCUGUGAAGAUUUGGCAAAUGACGAGCAAAGUGAUUUUCCGGCAGAUGAAAUGAGCACACCUUUCAGGCACCGAAGGGUGCUCCAUUCGGUUAGCACACGCACUGCUAAGUUGACUGCGGAUGCGGACCGGCCUUUCAGAAAAUCCGAAUCAAGCAUACAGUGGUGUGGUCGCUCACCUGGUGGUUGUACCACAUUAACUAGAGAAUCUUUGCUGCUUUCGGAUCUGGAUUCUGAGUUCGAGGAAAUCCUGAAGGGUACGUGGCCGUUACUUAGCCAACGCGCCAAAGCGGAUUACGUCAAUAGUAUCUCACAUGCCGAUGGAAGGCGUGUAGGAGGCCAUUCUCUGUGGCAACGCGAGCCCAAAGAUGCAUCGGGACGAAAAAAGUUCAUGACGUUCGUGCCGUCCACGCUAGGACAAGUGAUGGAUCCCGAAAAACCCGAUACGAAAACGAAACGAGUGCCCACUCCACCCUGGAUCGAAAAGGACGGAGACCACUUGGACGAAGAAAGUGCUCCCACUUCACCUUUCGAUUCGGAGUUGACCGACUUGAACGACCUAUCAACUACUGGAAGCUAUCCCGGGUUAGGUUAUCAUAAUUGUCAGUCGUCUGGAGCACCUCCGAUUCCAGAAGUAGGUACUUAAAAGUUCUGCCAAUUAAUUGUGGACCUAUUACACCUGUCAUAAUCUUAUUGUUUUUGCAGUCCAACCAGGGGCACAAGCUGCUGCAACGGAUGGGCUGGAAAACGGGGAGCGGCCUGGGUGCUCAUCAACAAGGUCGGCUACAUCCGGUUGGUUGUUCCGAGCGAAACACAAUGAAGUCCCAAUGAACUGUGAUAACAUUUCUUGUCUACCUCUGACAAUCUUGUAAAUAGUUCAAUUUUAUCUACUAACCACCCUCACAAAGCUAAUCGUCAGUUGGUGUCUUCUGUCUUGCCGCGUGAAAAUCUAGUGCAUACUCCUCGGAACCAGUUUACGGUAAAAACAGUAGCGCCGCGUCGGCACCAGUCACAUUA